AGCAAAUAGGAAAUAUGACUGAGUGGCAGAAGAAAACCCCUUUGGAAUGGCUGACGUAUGUGAAUAAAGAAGUCAAAGUUCUGGCUGCUGAGAAACACAGAUAUCAAGGGUGGGUCUUAACAGUUGACCCAGUAUCGGCCAACAUUCUCCUGGCACAUCCUCUUGAGAAUGGAAAAAACUCCAUUUCAGCAGUCCUGGGCCAUGCAGUGCAAGAGGUUGAAAUAGUGACUGAAGCCGAUGAUGAGAUGAAAGAGAAGCUCGCCCACCUCUUCAUGCCGGAAGAGAGGCAAACAUAUAUUCAAGAAGAGCUGGACAGAAAGAAGACCAGCUUGAAGGAUUGGCUGGAGGCAAACCAUAUUCCUGUGAAAGAGCAAGGAGAAUCACAAAUGACCCUGUGUGUUGCAGGAGUAUUAAUUAUUGACCCACCCUAUCGGGCAGAAGACUGCAGUAGUUCCAAUGAAAUAAUUUUGUCCAGAGUCCAAGGAUUGAUACAGGGUUAUCUUGCACUUCAGCAAUGUCAGAUAUAGUUCUCAGGUAGUGGGAUGUUUAAUUUGCUUUUAGAGUCAAUGCAAUGCCUUUACUCUCCAGGGUAGG